UAUAUUCUUUUAGGAGGAAGUGCCAUUGAUUCGCCAGUGGUGGUGCAUUCAGUUGAUGGAGAGGUUUUGCCUUGAAGGGCAUGGACAGAGAUUUGCACACUGGACAGAAGAAGCAUCCCAACUCCUUCAGGGAACCCUUGAGCCUGUCUUUAGGGUGUCAAAAUCCACCACCACCAAACAGUCACCCAGCAGAAGAGUUGUGGCUGAAGAGGACACUGAUAAGGUGCAACAGCCUACUAUUGUGAGAGACCUUCAUACAGCUUGGUACUGGGUAAACAAUCACAGAGACUUAUUCCGUGGAGAGGUGACAGAGCCUGCUUUUCUGCAGAUGAACAGUGAAAGUAAACAAAAUGCACUCAGGAAGGCCCUGGGGAGUGAAUUCCCUGAAGCAAAGGAUGACUUUUUGUUUAUAUUUCCGUCUCAAGAUGACAUGGAAACAUUUUUGUCAUACUGUGUUGAUAAACAAGGCCUGAAGGUCAAUGCCAUGUUCCUCAAUGAGCAAUUGUAGUAGAUGAGGGAGGGAGGGAAUGAAUGAAUUCAUUUAUGAAUAAAUAAUUUGAAAAAAAAA